UGUGUGGGUGUGUGUUGGUCUGACUGACGACUGCUAACACAUCUUGUGUUCAGUGUUGUCCAGACCUUCUAGUCGACAAGAUCAUCUUAGAACCUUCAUCAAGAUGAACAUAACCAAUAUCACGGAGGCUCUAGUCACCAAUUCUACUGUCAACGCCACAAGCACAGUCGAAGAGUACGUUCCCUACUGGAUGAGGCUAGAGACGUACAUGGUUCCUGUCGUCUUCGCACUUAUUUUCAUACUGGGUUUUAUCGGGAACGGAACCCUGAUCCUCAUCUUCUUACGACACCGGAACAUGAGGAAUGUGCCCAAUAUCUACAUCUUCUCUCUGGCUCUUGGAGAUCUUCUUGUGAUCGUCAGUUGUGUCCCCUUCAUCUCGAUCAUCUACACCUUCGAGUCGUGGCCUUGGGGCGAUUACAUCUGCAAGAUGUCCGAGACGACCAAGGACAUUUCCAUCGGAGUCUCCGUGUUCACCCUAACAGCCCUGAGCGUGGAACGGUAUUUUGCGAUCGUCCAUCCGAUGACCAGGCACAUGUCAACUAAACCCUUAGCAAUCGUGACGGCCACUGCCAUUUGGGUGGUUUCCAUCGCAUUCGCGAUUCCUGCAACCGUAUUCUCCCACUGUGCGGUAGAGUUCCUCAAAGAAAAGAAUGAAUCAAUUUUUGUCUGCACCCCUUUUCCCACCAGGGAGCACGGGAGGUUCAUGGUUACUUUUCAGUUCUUGAUUUACUACUUCAUACCGAUCAUCAUAAUCGGCAUCUUCUACUCGUUGAUGGCCAGGCACCUGAUGUUGUCCACCCGUUGCCUCCCCGGCGAACACGGGCAGGGUCAGUCGACCCAGAUUCAAGCCCGGAAAAAAGUCGCAGUUAUGGUCCUGGCUUUCGUGAUCAUCUUCAUCAUAUGUUUCUUCCCCUUGCGGAUCUUCAUGCUGUGGGUCUAUUACAACGAAGAUUGGCAAAACGAUUACAACUACUUCUGGCAUUACUUCCGCAUCAUUGGUUUCUGCCUGGCUUUCUUCAACUCUUGCGUGAACCCCAUAGCUUUCUACUUUAUCAGCAAGGCUUUCCGGAAGUAUUUCAACUACUAUCUGGUCUGCUGCCCUUAUGAGACCUUAGAAGAGUCCACGAUCGCAGCCACGAAUAGUUCUAUCAGCAGGAGACAGAACUCCGUCAUGAUGACGAGCCUCAAGGACAGUCACGAGAAAACCUAACUGGUCAGCACUGCUGAUGUAUCUGUUGACUUAUUAAGUUACAAUGCUAACAAUUUUAAGUGGACCUUGAUUGCUCUGCUACCACCGUAUCAAUGGUGAACUUAUAAUAUUCAAUACGCUUUUCCUCCUUUUGUAAUUUUAGUUCACUUUUCUGCCUUCACUGUAAAGUCAGUUCACAACUUUGUGCCAUACACACAUUUAAUCAAAGAUCACCUGGUUUUUAGUGAGUUGGUCUGUUUGUGCUUGAUCAUUGAAUCGAUUCAAACGGAGUGCUCUCAAUUAGAGAAUGAUAAUGUUCAGCCAUAUAUUUUUUAUUGUGAAACAAGAACGUAGCCAGGAGGAAAUUAGGAGGGAUCCAGACAACUGAUAUUUUCCUGUAAUGGAGAGAGAGUAAGACCCCAUUUUGUUCCUUAAAAAG